UCCUCCUCCUCCUGGAGACGGUUUCUGGAAACAGUCAACGCUCUCCUUCACCUCCACCUGUCAGCUGGUGCGUCGGCUGCCUCAGAAGCGAACGUCAGCUGUCGGGUUCCUAAAAAAAAAAAACACCGAAUCGCACCAGAACCGCCGACCCAUUAGACGGAGCGAACGGAACCGACGCGACGCUGUCCCAACAGCAGAAGUCAGUAAAAAAAAAAUGUCAGAGUUCGACAGCAACCCGUUUCAGGAUCCAUCGGUGACACAAGCAAGGCAGACCGCCUCUGCAGGGAUGGAGGAGUACAACCCCUUCGCAGAUGCCACACCAAACCCUUUAAGUGUGGCAGCCAGGACUGCAGGCCCCGCGGUCAGCACGCAGCCGGCCAUCAUGAAGCCCUCAGAGGCGCCUCCAGCGUACUCGCAGCCUCAGGCACAGGAGCAGACGGCAGCAGCGGCAGAGCUGCUGAGGAGGCAGGAGGAGCUGGAGCGCAAGGCCGCAGAGCUGGACCGACGGGAGAGAGAGAUGCAGUCCCUCAACACCUCAGGAGGAAGGAAGAACAACUGGCCUCCUCUCCCUGGGAUCUUCCCCGUGGGACCGUGUUUCUACCACGACAUCACUGUGGACAUUCCUGUAGACUUUCAGAAGACGGUCAAAAUCAUGUACUACCUCUGGAUGUUUCACGCCGGAACGCUGCUGGCCAACCUGGUCAGCUGCCUGGCCUGGUUCUGCGUGGAUACGACGCGCGGAGUGGACUUCGGCUUGUCCAUCCUCUGGCUUUUGCUCUUCACGCCGUGUUCUUUCGUCUGUUGGUACAGACCGCUUUACGCAGCGUUCAGGAGUGACAGCUCCUUCAGGUUUUUUGUCUUCUUCUUUGUGUACAUCUGUCAGUUCGGCGUCUACGUUAUCCAGUGCAUUGGGAUUACUGGUUGGGGCGCCAGCGGCUGGAUCUCCGCUCUGACUGGCCUGAACAAAAGCAUCCCAGUGGGCAUCUUGAUGAUCGUGGUUGCAGCGCUCUUUACCUCUCUGGCCGUCCUGUCACUCAUCAUGUUCAAGAAGGUCCACGCGCUGUACCGCACCACCGGCGCCAGCUUCGAGAAGGCCCAGCAGGAGUUCGCCACCGGCGUCAUGUCCAACAAGACGGUGAGAACGGCCGCCGCUAACGCCGCCUCCACGGCCGCACAAGGAGCGUUCAAAGAGCAAGUGUAGUCGACACCAGAGUCCAGUCCUCCAGGCCCCUCAGUGAGCGCCAGCAGACAGAACUGAGGAGGUGUGUCAGAGGGCGCUGAUCCAACAACCAUCCGUGUUCUCAGCGAGAAACAAUCAAUGGACCAACCCUGGGACCUCCUCGCCUUCGCUGCACUCUAAGCACUCAACCAGCGUGGCCCACUUGCUCUGUGUGCGUUCCUGUAUAUGUGUGCAUGUGUGUGGCCAAGUUCCUACACGUUUGUGUGCCUUUUUUUUCGAAUGUUCGCUGUUGCCUGUAGGUCAGGGACAGACUCUUAUGCAGAUGAGCCGACGCUCUGAGGUCUUCAGGGCGUUUCCCUCCAUUAAUCACUUUUGGAUUCUUUGACCUCUCAUCUAAAUCACUUGUUCUUAUCUUAAUGAUUUUGUUACUGGGUUAAAAAAGAAAAAAGCUAAAAUGUCUAAUGGUAUUUUCAAUCUAUGCUAAAAUCAAAAGGUGCGUAAUUUAAAACCACUGGCCCCUAGUGGAGUGACCCUGUAUUGCUAAAAAAAAAAAA